CACUGGUUGUUUUCACCCAGGAGAAGAAGCGCUGAUCGGCCGUUGCUGGGCCCAUUUUAAAAACCGUUGUAACGUUUCCUUUUUAUCCGCUUGGUUUUCAGACAGCACCUCGCUUACCUCGCCAUGGCUCUGUGUGGGGGUGUCGGAGCCAUGGCUUUACCCAGCGAGCUUAUCGUCCAUAUAUUCUCCUUUCUGUCCGACCGAGACAAGCUCCGGGCCUCGGCCGUGUGUUCUCGGUGGAGGGAGUGUCUCUUCUACCCGGCGCUGUGGACCGAGCUCAAGCUGCGGAUAGGCGGCGGGCGGCUCGGCGGCGGCUCCGGUUCCGAGGAGACCCCGAGGCUGGAGUUCCUCAUGCGGAAGUUCGGUUCUUUCGUGCGGGAGCUGCAGCUGGAACUCGCGCCGGUAGAAGGCUACCUCAGCCCCCUGAGCAACGACCCGUCGUCCGCCAGGAUGGACCAGCCGACCGGUCCGGACGGCGACCCGCAGCUCUCCGAGCGAUGGAGGGACGCCAUGGCCACCUACUUGGACCAGGUGCUGUGUGUGGUCACCAGCAUCCGCAACAACAGAAACCUGAAAAAGCUGACUUUGUAUGGAGACACCUGUAUUCUCCAGCAGGAGGGACUAUUAGACAGCUCAAACCUGCACCAGAUCCACCAGGGGGACAAAAAGAUCAACGAAAUCCAGCAGUUGUUCAUGGAGUUGCUGUCCAACAGCCGGCAGCUGAGAUGGUUGUCCUGCAGCUUCAUGCUGGGUCUGGUGACUCCCUGCUCCUUAGCCUGCCUGUCUAAUCCUUCAGCUGAGACCCUGCGGCACCUCAGUUUACUGGACCACCAGCUAGGCCCCCUCAUCUCACCAUCAGAGUUAGAUCGGCUCUCUAAUCUUAAUUCUUUGGCGCUGGAUUUCUCUGACUGGACAUCUGAGCUUUGUGGUCUGCUGGCGUCUCCAAGCCGAACUCCACUGCAUCGCCUCUCCCUGCUGCUCAAUGGCGCCGCCCUGGAGUUCAAAUCGUUAGAAGGGACCGCUACAGAGGACGAUUGGAAGGCACUGGUCCGUGUGAGUGCCAACCUGCGAGUCUACAUCAUGGCCCUAGAGGUCGACAGCUCGGAGCUCCUUAGGGUCCUAAAACCAAGCCUUCCUCUGGUGCGCCUCCACCUCGACAGUUACAGCACACUGGUGACUGAUGCGACAUUGGAGCUCAUCUCUCAGCAGUACAACAAAACGCUGACACACUUCCUGCUCCUGAGGGAUGACCCUGACUUCCCUGACCUCAGUAUCAAUCGCAACGAAGACCCACUGGUCCUUUUAGCAUGGAGAUGUACUCAGCUGGCUGUACUGGUGAUACAUGGUUACACUGUCUGGUCCCAUAACUUGGUGGCCAUCUCUCGGCUACGAGGUUCCAGUCUUCGCAUCCUGACCGUCUCUGAGGAGAGCAUCGACUUUGACCCCGACCAGUCGGUGUGCAUGGAAGGUGACCCGGUCCACAACCUGGUCAAAGAGGUCUCGCUGGGCCUCGGCCGCGUCUGGCACCCUUGCCUGGAUUCUAGCCUGGUUUUGUCCGAACCCACCCAGCAAUUCCACCGUGAGCUGCAGGCUUUCAGCAUGGGCAUGUAGGCAAGGGGGCAACUCCAACACACCUUAGUCUAAUCUGUUGUCAAGACCAGACCAGACCCACCAGGUCCAGCUCAGCUCAGACCUCUGAACCAGGCAAAAAGCAGACCCCCGUGAGAAAACUAAACCUAAUCUAUAAAGUUUAUUCUUGUGAAUUGAUGUGAGCUGAUUGUGUUUAUUUUUAUUUUUCGUGUUCAAUUCACAGGGGUUUUAGCACACAAACAUUUAUUACCAUUUCCAGCAGAUUUCAUAGUCAUCCACUGGCAUAGUAUUUACUGAAUAAAUUAUCCAAUUAAGAAUGUCCAAAUAAAACUGGAUAUUAUAAUUGGCAUUUAAUCCUCUAACCAAUGGCCAGACUUGAGUAGUGACAAUUUUUUUUAAUGUGUCUGCUAAAAGGGGUCAUCCUGCUGCUUCACAUGCCCUGAUGUCUGGCAUGGCCCAGGCUGGUCUGGUCUUGUCCACAAGUAUUCAAGCUCGAUGUCUCUGCUUCACCUUGAUAACCUGCAGAGCCUCUGUAUAAUGUAACUUCAAACUGUUUUUUUUUUCUUGCCUUUUUUUUUUUCAUUUAACUGUAUUCCAUCUCUCCCUGUGCUGUGUAUAAUCUUGUUUUUCCUCUGUGAUGGUUCCCUUGCCUGUAUAGGCUUUGUAUGCAUUUCAAUCCAGAUAUAUAAUCAUCCUGCUCACAGAUAGAACAAGUGAUGGGGCGAGAUGAUUUGAGGAGGAAGUGCGUAUUCAGACACGUACAACUAGCUGAAGUUGUGAAACUAUUUUUCUUUUCUUUUUUUAAACAAUUUACUCUGUGUCGGUCUGUCUGCUCCACUCCAGCAAAACCUGGAGUUUGUAAACAGUUGAUCAAUCACUUCCUGGGUAAUGCAACCUUCACUAUUUGUUCUGUUGCUCUGAAAGAGCACCAUGUGCGCGUGUCCACUAGUACGAGAGCCUUGCCAGCAGGGUGGGAAUCUCCAUCACAAAAUGGCGGACCGAGGUUGGUGCUAAUCAGUUUUAAUGCAGUUUUCAGCAACAGCCAUGUCAGUGCCAUGAGUCAGGCUACAUCCACAUUAAUACGUUGUCCAUCAACUCUGCUAUUUAUACGCCUGGCGUCCAGACUACUCUUGAGUUUUAGACGCUGCUGGCCGCGUUUUAGUUUGAAAACUCUGGGGCCACAUUUUAGUCUGGAUGAUCAGAAACAGAGUUUUCAAACGAAAACAUAGUAGUAUGGAUGUAGCCUCAGAUCAUUUCAACUUGAGUGGCAUUUCAAAGUUUAAUGGUUUUAUUUAAGGUUUUGAGCGCCUUAGUGAUGGUGUUAUGGAGAGAGAUUGUUACACACUUGCCGCCAACACACUUCUUACCCAGCUCACUUGUUGACCUUUCGGGGCAAUUUCGCCAGUCGACGGAAAGGAGCCUCGUCCUCUGACUGACAUUCAGAGCCAAACUAUGAAAAUUUUGCCUGUUACAAGACAACAUACCCCCACUGUGUUCUGUUUUGACCUGUAGCGAGCUGCUAGUAAACCGUUACAUUUUUUUCUAUAUUCACCGUAAUUAUUGCUGCCUUUGCUUUCCUCUAGAGAUCAAAACUUUCCAACUGGUGUCACUGGUUUCACUAUAGCCCCUUUGUAUGUCAAAUCAAAGAAAAGAACAGCAGUUUGUGUCAAAAUGUGAAGUGCUCUGGGGUUAAAACCAUCUCCAAGCAGGUCUUUAACAUUCCAUAGAGGAAAUAGGAUUUCACUCCAUAAUGCCGUAUAUAUCCAUGUUUUGAGAUUUCUCUAAGACUACUCUCAUAGGCCAUGCUAAAACAACACCAGUAUUCUGUAUGCACCGCUUCCUAUGGUGGUGAAUGCCAGCAGCACUGUAGGUAGGAACCAGUUCUCCUGGAGGAAAACAUUUCAUGAUUAAGAACAGGGAAAAGAAAAGGCACUGAAUGUAACUUUACUCUCUUCUGUUGGCCAGUUGUUUUUUAAUUUUAUUUGAGGCGAAGUGUAUAGUUAUAUUUGCAGCAGAAAUGCAUUUCUCGCCACAACAGUUGGGGGUUGUUGAAUAAGUGAGUUUGGACAUUAUAGGUUCCACUUACAGCCAAGACUGCAUUUUUCACUUUUUUGGAAAAAAAUGACACCUACAGCACAAUGUGGUUUUGGGUUGUUUGUUGCGAAACGUAUUCUCUGUCAGUCUCAGGUAGGCUUUUAACAUCACCAUGACCACGGCCUCAGUGGUGGUGGUGAUGUUGUUGCAUGGGGUGUGUGAAACAAUCAGUUGAGUUAAUGUGAGAAAUAGUCCUCUUUUUUUUUUUUUCUUAUUUCUUCUUGAGUCACAGUUGCCUUGGAAACAGCCCCUUGUUUUCUGGAUCCAGUUGUUGUUGUUAUUGAUGAUGUUGUUUAUCUGCCAUCUGAUGAACCCUCACUCCGCCUCGGUCGGAGGGUCAACAAACCUAAUCAUACAUUUGUUUUCAAAGAUUAAGGUUGAUAAAGACUAAAGAAUGGCAAAAAACAAUCUUGCUCAUUGCACGUUUUAUAUCUCCAGUAGAUGAUGGGGGGACAGAGAGAUGGGGAGUCCAUCCUGUCGAUAGAAGCCCUGCUGGGCCCAAUUACUGUCUACCUGUUUAAAAUCACUGAGUGGAUGCCUUUUGAUCUAAUACUGAAAUAAAUAUUGUUCAGGCUCAGUGGAAGUGCUAGCGCGCCAUGAUCAUGAGUUAAGCCAGGCAAUGUUGACAGAACAUCUUGUGCUAUGGAGAGAUACGGAGUUUCAGUGUCACCUGUGAAUGACUGGGCCCUGAUCUGAUGCUUCAGUGUUGGGACAGCUGUGGUCCACUGGUGUGUUAUGAAGGCAUUCCUAGGCUGAGUUGGUAUUUUAACAGUAAAGUUGGAUUGAGCCAUUGGGCACCUACCUUUCAUGAGUAGCCGCUUUUAGAAAAGUUACCAUCUCAAAUGUCUACAGCUCCGUUCAGUCUGAGGUCGGGGCAACGGCAUCGCAGUCUGUGAAGGUCCAUAUCAAGGCCAAUAGUUUACAAGGCUGGCUUUUCCGUGGACUAAUGUGGAACCAGAGUUUCGCAGCAUGGCAGCACCUUGCAGGUUCAGGAUGAAACGCACCUUGUUAUGGGCUACCAAAUGUUUGGGCGUCCGUUAUGGGACCUUGAUGGUUCAGCCGUGAUAAUCUCUCUCGUCCUUGGUCCAUAUCUCAGGAUGAAUGCACUUUGGUACCAAGAGUUUCUUUUAAAGGCUGUCUGUGGCUUAGUGUGUAAAGCUGUACAUUCAGAAGGGAGAGCAACACCAACAUGAAGACAUUCAAAUUAUAUUGGGUUUUUAAUCUUCCUCCUCCCUUCGGCCGUUGUUUUCCCCUCAUCCUCAUUUUAUAGCUCGAGUUUAUUGCUUUGUGUUGUUUAUUGUCGUCAGCUGAUGAUAAGUGAAAUCACAGCAGUUUUAUGGUAGAAUGUAAUGUCAAGCUAGAGGGCUCAGCAAAGUAAAUAGACUUUUACAAACCGAUAUUAACAAGCAGAUUUUACAGGCUCCAUCCCUAUUCGCCGUGUGUACCCGCCUUUGUUCGCUGUCUUCUCAUGUCUCCACAUAUUAUUGGCUCCUCACAAGAAGUCAGAUUUCACUGUUUGAGCCCCUAUGACCGUGUUUCUACCCAGAAUAAUAUGAGGGGCUGUGGUUUUACCAGAUUCUGCUAGAGUGGAUUAAAAGUUUCAUCUCGUUUAUAUUAUUUUCAUUGAAGAAUGUAUUAAAAUAAAUUGUCUUCUUAUCAUAGUCACUUCCCAUAUGGAAACAUUAUUUAUCAAAAGUUGAUGGUUUAACUAUUUGUGAUAUAGAAAUAUUUUAAGAACCUUUAGGCCACAGAAUGCAGAGGAGUAAAAGAAAGAAAGUAGAUAAUUGCAGAAUAAUGUCUCUUUUUUUAAUAUAUAUUGCUUCUAUUAGUUUGUUUCUUCACCAAAACACCAAACGUUUCGUGAGAUGAUGUGGAAAUAACGCUGUGCAGAGAAAGAAGAGUUGAGACUACAGGCAAAUGACUUUAGGGUUUGACACAUUAGGAGAGGAAUCAGUAUAGCAUGUUGAAAAAUACUGCCAGUGGAAAAAAGAACCUGUCCCUGAUCCCUGUGUGUCGUCACUAAUCACUACACAUUGAGCCAGUUUGUGCCUGAAAGCCUCUGGAGUUUCUCUUUGCUCUUCCCAAGUUACUGGCUUUGUGUUGUGUAUUAGUCGUUGCUGUAAUUUGUUAGUCCACUCUUUAGGGAGGCAGCGUUACAGUAGCUAGAGCUUUCAGCACACGCAUAUACAUUUUUCUCAGAGUGUGCCUGGAUUUUUUUGUGCAAGAUUUCAUGUGAAAAGUAUAUCCAGUAGAAAAUGUGCAAAUACAAUGUUUUGAAUGUGUAUGUGAAGAAGAUAUCAGCAGUGUAGCCGUUGUAUGUUUUCUGCGUUUGUGUGUGUGUGUGUGUGUGUGUAUAUUUAAAGGGGGAGGGUUUUGGCUUGCUCGUGUCCAGCAGCAUAGUCUUAUCACUUCUACUGCAGCAGGAAACAGGAACUGAAAUCGUUUCGUUCUCAGGGUACAAUCGGUUUUCAAAGCGCGGAGGAGGACGGAAAAUAACAAUAGCUCAGGCCGCUAACUCGCUCAUUUGAAUAUUAGGAGUCACUGGAUCGGUUCUUCUCUCCUUGAUGUGUUUUAAGCUGCCAAAGACCACAGUGGAACAAACCUAACACAGACACAAGUCUAACUGAAGUGCCCGCACACACACACUGGCAGGAGGCUGGUCCAGUAUUCUACUCUUCACCUUCUUUUUCUCUUUACUCCUUGUGGUUCCGCUCCUCUCUUGAGCCGUUUUGGAGGAUGUCCACACAAUUGGAUGAGGACUUUCUCCGGAGGUUGCCUUUCACACAUGAACAACGCAGCAGGAGAUUCUCCGCUUAGACGCGUUCACAACAACACAGAAAUCUUCUUAGGAUUCAGGUGAGAUGUGGUGCAGGCAGGGGCAGAACAUAAUGUAGAAAUUCUACUGCGGAGAUCAUAUUUUUGUUUACAACACAUUGACUUUAGCGUAGGCCCUUAAACCAAAAGCCCUUUUGACGUCAUUGUCUGCCUCUCCUAAGUGUAUGGCGCCGCUUUUCAUCCUGAGAUAUUUGUAUUCGUUUUGGUUUUUCUUUUACUCAGUGGCGUGUUCAAAAUGGCAUCAAUACGCCCACUCACUCGCGGAGAAUCUCCUUCUGUGAUCUCAUAUCGGCUCAUUCUGACUUCCUCCAGAGUUUUUACUAGAGGGCUGACCUAAGAAACUCUGCAGCCUCUCAUUUGCCUUCUCAUUUACAGCCCCUCCGGAGAAUGUCAGGAGGUUAUUCAAAGUUCAAUGCACGUCUGAAAGCAGCCUGUGUUUCCUCCUCUGACUACGACCACUCUGUUUUUUGUGUGUCCAAACACUGGCCUUGAUGUAAUAUGGAGAAAACUGUGCUGGACUGGAUGAAUCGUCAACAGUCCUUGUAGAUCAAGUCCAAAGCAGACCUGUGCACAAAGGCCUGGCUAAUCUGUCGUGGCUGUAUUGAAUUACAUAUAUAUCCAACAUAUGUUAUUUAAUAUGGGUUUGCAGAAUUGUUGCACAUCAUGAAUGCCACUCAGGAUAUACAUUGCAUGUUGCCGUAGGAUCACAAAGCAAAGGAAGUGCAGUGCAGUACAGUUCUGCAGCUGUGUGCUCUCUUCCAUAUUUCCUCCCCCCUUUGUCUUUUCUCCAUCACCUGUUCAACUGUGAGGAGUGAGUGAAUGUAAAACUAAAGGUGAGGAGGACGAAGAGUUUGGAUCUAUCUCAGAACACAUCAGGGACCAAACACUCUCCUCAGUUUCAGGACAAAGGCCCCUGUGCUUGAUGUUUAUGUAUUGUUUCCUGCAAGCCCGUGGCCAGGGUCAGGUUUGAUGGAAAACAUUUAGUCCUGAGCUGUUGGAGCUGUAAAAAAAAUUGCUGCUAGAGAUCUGCUAAUAAGAGGACAUUCCACAUAGGGGGUUGCUCAGGCCAUCUGACUAGCAAACAGUCUACUACAAGAAAAUUAAACCCUCUCUAUUUUUUUAUAUUUAUUUUCGAAUGGUGUGAUUUUGAAGGGAUCAGAGAUGCAGCUAGUACUGACAGUCACACCAGAUCACCAGCUGGUCUGAGCAGAGCAGAGGUGUGAUACCAUUUCGAAAGUGGUUGAUAUAAAGUGUCACCAUUUCAAAGGUCAACUGUGUUUCUAACAUGCGUUCCUGCAAUGCCAAGCUUUGCUUUCACUCGAUGCUUCGAUGCAUCCCGAGGCCAUUUAAGGGCCUUUUGUGUCGGGUACACAAAAGGUCACAAGUGAAAGCACGCCACACUGACUGUGCUAUAUAUAAAGUCGAGUUACUCUUUCCGUGAAAUCAGUUGGUUUCACUCGUUGAAUCAAUCUUCCAGUUAAUAAACGUCACAACCCGGGAAGAUGAGCUCAGUCUGCGUAUUUAGCACACACACAAAUACGUACAGACGUCAAUGUACAUGUUCACGAUGGAUACAAAAGGGCACCUGGCGUCUGGGCUGGACUUAUUUUUACACCGUAUGCAGACAGGGGUUUGUGUAUGACAAUGUUAUAAUGUGUAAACACAUAGACUGACACACAGUGAAUAUUUUAAUGAGUUCUUCCAUGAAAGUGACAGGUAGAAUACUAGAGCAGAGACAGGGUUUCAGUUAUUCAGGAGACCAUUACCAGCAGUUAGUGUAAACGCAUGUGGUUGCAGCCAGGUCGAUAUGCCCCUUUUGAGUUGUUUAUGUUCUUUUUUUUAUUUUGCUAUGUUUUUUGUGCUGUUUAUAUGCAUUCAUAGAGAAUAUCCUGGAAGAUAGCAGGGCCCCCUGUGGCCUGAUGGGAAAUUGAAUCCACAGAGCUGGCCUCUUAAUGUCAUCCAUCUGAGACAGUUGGUGUUGACAGCUUAUUAAAACUCAGUGUCAUGAUCAGAAGAUCUACAGGGAUCUGGGUUUGUCUGUCCGACCAGGCCCUAAGACAAACAGCAGAGUUUGACACGUUUGUGCUUGUCCUCAACAGCCAAUACUAAUCUCACUGACAUGGACAGAAGUGUGACUGUGUGUGUUUAGUACCAAAGCAGCAGACUGUGUUAGAUCUGCAUCAGUCUAAACACAGGCUCAGAGCCACAGACACGCAGAUCAGACAUGACCAGUUUCAUUUCCACUUGAAUCACUGCUCAGACUCAACUGGAGAGGUUGUGAUUUUGACUCUCAGGAUGUUGAUGAAAGUAAAGUUGAAAAUAGCGGUAGAAAAGAGGUAGUAAGAUGGUCGUGGGCCUAAAACCUUCCCUAAACAAGAUUCAGGGAAGAGGUAAAUGUUUAUGAAAGGAUUAACAUGACGAGACAGGGUUUCCUCAUCACAAUGUGAGUUUUAAGACUCUUCCUGUCUCUUACAUUUUUUUUAUGGAACGGCUAAGAUCGUAGACUACUACCAGUAACAUGCAAGACGUUGAAUGAGCUCACUAUAGGGCUGGACUCAGGCGGGAAUGUGAAGAAUCUGAUGAACAUCCUGAUAUAUGUUUCUGUUACUUGGAGAAAAACACUGGAUGUGCAUCACACUGGUAUGAAAUCAGUCCUGUGUAACAACAGAUAAGAUAGAUGUGUAUGAGGCGAGUUUAUGACCUCAGUGAAAGGGAGGUUCUGCCAUCAGCAGCAGGCCACACUGAGACCUUUUAGAGGAAGUUCUUAUUCUCCUGUUUUCAGGUUUCGCCAUAGCUUUAGAUCUCAGCGGCUCUGAUGUUCCUGGCGAGUAAACAAAGUCUUUCUUGUCGAGUCUGGAGAGCCAAACCUCCUAAUUAGCCAGGCAGGCCUGCUGCCCAGUCCAGCCUCACAACUAUGCAAGAGGAAUGCAUAUAAUCCACACUCUUUUUGUUUUUGUUGAGUUUUUCUUUCUCUCACUGUCACGCAGUAGAAAUGAAAAUGUUACAACUAAUAAGAACUUGCAAUGACAAUACUUGGCCUUAUGAUUUGUGAAAUCUUAUCAUUUUGUUUUAAGAUCUUUUUGAUUCUGGUCAGCCAGCCCAGUGACAGCAUCGGUGACGGCGGGCUCACUCUUGGUCUCUGUGAGACUGGCUAGAUGGCCCCAGUUUUAUCGUGGUACGAAUGUUGUGCAUUUGUUUAAAAUCAGGACAGUUUGCAAUAACAGCAGUCUUACUAGUGGCCACAAAGGGGCACAAGCAGUGCUGACAGCGCCCGGCUGCAUCUUUAGAAAACCAUAGAGGAAGAAAUAUAAACUAUAUAAAUAGAUAUAUAAACUCACAUAGUGCAUAUUUGUAUAGGUAUCAACAAUGCAUUACCGUGGUAUACUCUUAUGCAACACAUGUCCGGGUUCAAUUUAUGAACGUGAAGUAUGUUAUUGAAAUCACGCAGACUUUGUAAAUCAGAAGCUAUGUUGUUGUGUGUGUUUUGCAAAAAUGGUUUUACCAUCAUUAAUGUUGAAUAUUCAGAGCGCUAUGUUCCUGUGUGACUGUUUGUUCAAGUGAGCACAUAGCAGCGGGUUUUACUCUUUCUGUAAGCGGGGAGCCAGACGUAACCCAAAAUACAGCUGGACCAGAUUUCAUAAACCACGGAGCAUACGUCAAAUACCUUUUUAUUAUUGUUCUAAAACCUACAAAUCUGAUCUGUGCACAGCUUUUAAAACAUAUAGAGUCUAGUUUCUAACUCACCUCUGCAUGUUUCAAGCAGAACUAGAUGUGCUCCCACUUGAUUGGUUCCUCAGCAGCAUGGAUUAGCAUGACUUGUUAUGACCAAGAAACGAGGAGUUCCACCACAACUAGUGUUCUUUUAAAAAAACAUUUUAGUCGUGAAACUGAAUCAAAGACUGAAGUCUUAUAAUUAAAGUCUGAUUUGAAAUCUUCCCAGCUGUUUAUUGGAUUAGUCUGCAGGAGAAGAUUUUAUCAGUGAGAACAGUGUUGAUCCAUGGUUCUGUUGUAGAGAAAAAAGAGGACGUUUUACAAACCUCUGUGUAAAACCUCUAAACUGGCAGGUGGCGAACACUUGUGGGGUCAACUUGCUGAACGGUGAUUUGAAUCAAUGUUGAAUGAAUGCUUCUCUUCUUUUAGUCAGUGAAUAAAAGCAUUAAAAAGUCA